AUGAUUAUCUUCAAGGACAUUAUCACCGGUGACGAGAUGAUCUCGGACUCCUAUGAUCUCAAGGAGAUCGACGGUAUCGUCUACGAGGCAGACUGUGCCAUGAUCAAGGAGGGUGGCGUCGAAGUCGACAUUGGUGCCAACGCUUCCGCUGAGGAGGCUGAGGAGGGUGUCGAGGACUCCGCGCAGGUUGUCAACAACGUCGUCUACUCUUUCCGCCUCCAGUCCACCGCCUUCGACAAGAAGUCCUACCUCACCUACCUCAAGGGCUACAUGAAGUCUGUCAAGACCAAGCUCCAGGAGAAGAACGCUCCCGCCGAGACCAUCACCGCCUUCGAGAAGGGCGCCCAGGCCUACGUCAAGGAGAAGCUUCUCCCUAACUUCAAGGAUCUUGAGUUCUACACUGGCGAGUCCCAGGACCCUGAUGGCAUGAUUGCCCUUCUCAACUACCGCGAGGAUGGUGUCACCCCCUACAUCGUCUUCUGGAAGCACGGUCUCACCGAGAUGAAGGUCUAA